AUUAGCACCAGGGCUGCUGCCAUACAAACACACCACACUUCUAAAUAAAGAUCCGCCAGUUUGUUUGUUUUCUUUUUUCUUGAUGUUUGUCACAGGCACAGGCUGAAGAGAGAGGCGGGAAAAAAACAAACAGAAAUUCUCUCAGGUGAUCCACUAUUCAUGAAAUAAUCUUGGCUUUACCCGCGCUGUGAGUUUCACCACUUCCCCACCCCCCAGUGGGACUCCAGGUGCUUAACCUCCCUCCUGCCAGUUCUGCAUGGUCAUGACCUGUCAUCACGCUCCUUCCACAGCCCACCUCAUCCUAUUGGUCCUGCUCAUUGUCACUCCACAGCUGGCUGGCACCGCCCCUGCGUGGGGUGAGGGAAGGGAGGGAGGGGUGGAGGGGCGCACCCGGACAGACCUUAAAAAGGACAACCUCGCCCCCUUUCUCUCGCCCCCACCCCAGAGUCUCUCCAGCACUGACAACUCGUCGCUAGACUGGGGUCAAGAAUCAGAUAAAGCGACAGACUCUGCGCAGGUUCUCGCUGUUCUUUUGGAGGCCCUGGACCACCCGGGGGAGAGUGAGAUCCAGGCAAGCAGGGACAGAGACUGGGGAGAGUACCACGGGCUGCCCUCCAUUGAAGGCGUGGAGGGUGGUGAGAUAAAGAGAUCGGGGGAGACAGAGGGGGUGGAGGAGGAGAAGGAGGGGCGAGGGGCUGAUAAGGCUAUUGAACAGCUAAUUGUAGGCCAUUUGACAGCUGCUCAGGGUGAUGAUUUAAAGGAAAGGGAUGAGGAGGAUAAAAACACAAGGUCAGAGGAGGAUCACGGGUGGUCUGUGGAGGAUGUGGGAGCUGAUAGUGUAAAUGAGGAGAAAGGGAAAGAAGAAGAUGAGGGGCAGGAGGAGGGAAACGAUUUAGAAAGUUUCUUACACAAGGCCAGACCAAGUUCCACCUCACAGGGAGAUGAUCCCUCUCUGCAGCGCAAAAUAAGAGGCUACUUCCAAAACAUUGACUUGGGUCUCCAAGAUAACGAGAUCCUGCCUCCUCUGAAGGGCUACAAGGCAUACAACACUCAGCUGGCACGAGCUGGGAAGAAGCUGCACUGGGAGGAGAACCAGUCCCGCAACCAGCCUGUUAAGGGGGGCAACUUCAUGGACGACUUUGAGGAUGAAGGAGAGGAGCUGGAGGAGGAGGUAGAAGAGGAAGAGGAAAGCCUCUCCCACAUGGAGGAGGAGGCUAGAGCGCGUGCAGAGAAGCAGGAGGUGCUCCGGCAGCAGGAGGAGGCGGAGCGAGCCAGGGAGGAGGAGCAGAGGCUGGCAGACAUCGCCUCCGACAUGCUGCUGCAGUACAUGGGGAGAAAGCAGCAGUCGUACAUGAAGCCCCGGCAGAAAAGCAGCAUGGGGGCGGCGAGCAACACGGCCGAGGACAAGCGCUCGGAGGAGGUCAUCCCAGACGAAGAUGACCUGGACCAGCAAAUGAUCGACAGGCUGAUUGAGAUCAGCAGCAAGCUGCACCUGCCCGCUGAUGAUGUGAUUGAGAUUAUUAGCGAUGUGGAGGAGAAGAAGAAGAAAAGGAAAGAGCUGCAGCAGCUGCCAACCAACAGCAACCCUGUCGCACCGCGCUUCAGGCCUCUGGUACCUCCACCUCUGGCUGCUCCGCCUAUCUACCACUACACAGCCUCAAAAAACCCCAAGAAAGCCCCUUAUCGGUACAACAAGUCCAACAAAAAAUGGCACAAGGACAAAGUCAAGUCUUAUAAGCAGGACUAUUGGUAUAAGCCUCAGAAGCAGCUUGACUACUGGUACAAACCCCAGAAACAGUUUUUAGCCUUCCCUUCCUACCCAUACUACCAGAAGCCAUAUCGAGCAUACUACCCUGUUUAUUUCCCGUAUCCUAAACCACAAUAUUAUGGCAAGCCCUCCCCCUCCAGAGACCAGCCGUUUGGCCCCCAGGAACUUGACCUCCAGGCCCCAAGGCGCAGGCACAGGGCCGGGGGUAAGAACCGUGGACAGGGCUGGAGGCAGCAGCCACCUCCACGCCUGCCUCUCACCCCUUAUAUCUCUAACUAUAUCCUCCCUCACCCACGGACCUACCAACCCCUACCUCCACCCAAACCAAUAACCACGCCCAGGAGAGGCAGGCGACCCCCGUACUACUAUCAACAAGUCACAGCAGGAGAUGACUAUGAGGAAGACGGGCUGGUGCCUCAGCUGGACAGUGAGGAGGAGCUGGAGAACUUUAUUGAGAGGAUCUACAUGAAGCGCAGAAUGUAUUGAGAGACUUUUUGGACAUUUUGGUCAGA